AUGGAAACAAAUGAUCACAUAUUUCUAAGUUGUCCAUUCGCAAAAGCUACGUGGUUUGGUAGCACACUUUCAUUCAUCGUCCCUGCUCAAGAUGAUCCAAAGAUUCGCUUAUGGUUGCAGAAUUGGGAUCGCAUUUCUUUCCUGAACAAGAGAAUAUGUGAGGAGACAUUGAGCCUAUGCCUUUUCACUUGCUGGUUCCUUUGGAUUGCUCGAAAUGAUUUAAUUUUCAAGAAGAAGAAUUGGACCCCGAUUGAAGUAUCUCAAGCAGCCCUUUGUGCCUUUGAAGAGUUUGGGGAAGCAAAUGGAUAUUAUGUAACAUCCACCAACUCCAACUCAAACCAGCAGUAUCAAGCUCCAUCACAUUGGAUCCCUCCUCAUUCGGGUGAGUGUAAAAUCAAUUGCGAUGCAGCAUUUGAUCCUGACUCUGCUCGUGGAGGUUUGGGUGUGAUUGCGAGGAUGUCAUCCAGAUCCCAGUCUUUUGCCAUUUCUUCCCCUGCUUUCUUUGGUAUAGUUGGAACCGGCGAAGCUCUUGCAAUCCGGCUUGGUCUUCUUCACUCGAUUCAAGAGGGUAUCACCAAUGCUCGGUUUGAAUAUGAUUGUGAGAUCAUCAUCAGCUUCAUGAAAGAACAAUCUCAAACGAUGCCAUUCGAAGUGCAACUGGUCAUCCACGACAUUGUUCUAUCCACCCAAUUUAUUGUGUGCAAUUUUUACUUUAUCCCUAGGGAGGCAAAUGUUAUAGCGCACUCCUUAGCUCGGAAGGCUCUGUCCAUGAGUGUUGAGACAGCUUGGCCAAACUUCAUUCCUUGGCUCCAUCCCUUAUGUGUAAAUGCAGCAUUGUGUCAAUUCACUCAAUAG